ACGAACUGUCACUUGUCAGUCAAUGUUUUGAGUUUUGUUGAAUAGAAGGAAUAGAAUUUGUUCAAGAUGCAACCACAAAUCUUAGUACUGCGGGAGGGGACGGACCAGUCGCAGGGCAAGCCGCAACUGGUGUCCAACAUCAAUGCCUGCCAGCUGGUUGUGGAUGCUGUACGUACCACACUCGGCCCGCGUGGUAUGGACAAACUGAUUGUCGACCAUUCAGGCAAAGCUGUUAUAUCAAAUGAUGGAGCUACUAUAAUGAAGCUUUUGGACAUCGUCCACCCUGCCGCCAGAACGUUGGUCGACAUUGCCAAAUCGCAAGAUGCUGAGGUCGGCGACGGUACCACAUCUGUGGUGAUUCUUGCCGGCGAGCUUCUGAAGAGAUUAAAGCCGUUUGUUGAGGAAGGUGUGCACCCGCGUGUUAUUGUUCGCGCCGUUCGUGCGGCUUCGAAAUUGGCCGUGGAUAAAGUGAAGGAACUGUCCGUGCGUGUUGAGAGCAAGUCGCCGGAGGAGCAGAGGGAUCUGCUAAAGAAAUGCGCGGUUACAGCGAUGUCUUCUAAACUGAUUCAUCAGCAGAAGGAUCACUUUUCCAAGAUGGUGGUCGAUGCUGUGUUGUUAUUGGAUGCACCUUUGCUGCCCUUGGAUAUGAUUGGUAUCAAGAAAGUAGCGGGCGGUGCAUUAGAAGACUCAUUCCUAGUCGAAGGUGUGGCCUUCAAGAAGACGUUCUCGUACGCAGGCUUUGAGAUGCAACCGAAGAGCUAUGAAAACUGCAAGAUUGCACUGCUAAAUAUUGAGCUGGAACUCAAAGCUGAGAGGGAUAAUGCUGAGGUUCGCGUAGACAACGUACGCGAAUACCAAAAGGUGGUAGAUGCGGAAUGGCAGAUUCUAUACGAGAAGUUGGCAGCGCUGCAUGCAAGCGGAGCUAACGUGGUGCUGAGCAAACUGCCCAUCGGUGAUGUGGCCACGCAGUACUUUGCUGACCGCGACAUGUUCUGCGCGGGCCGCGUGCCCGACGAGGACAUGCGUCGCACGCAGCGCGCUUGCGGCGGCGCCGUGCUGUCCUCCACCCGCGACCUGCGCACCGACGCGCUCGGCUCGUGCGCGCGGUUCAGCGAGCGGCAGGUGGGCGGCGAGCGGUACAACAUAUUCGCGGGAUGCCCAGCAGCGAAAACAUGCACGCUGAUCCUCAGAGGUGGCGCUGAACAGUUUCUGGAAGAGACGGAACGUUCUCUGCAUGAUGCUAUCAUGAUUGUGCGAAGGACCAUCAAGAAUGAUGCUGUUGUUGCGGGUGGCGGUGCAAUAGACAUGGAGCUGUCCAAACAUCUCCGCGAUCACUCCAAGGGCAUUGCUGGCAAGGAGCAAUUACUCAUUGGGGCCAUAGCACGAGCGUUUGAAGCUAUACCACGUCAGUUGUGUGACAACGCUGGCUUCGAUGCCACCAACCUGUUGAAUAAGCUGCGCCAGAAGCAUCAUCAAGGCGAGGUCUGGUUCGGCGUGGACAUACAAAAGGAGGACAUCGCGGACAAUUUCCUCAGUUGCGUCUGGGAGCCCGCCGUGGUUAAGAUCAACGCUAUAACAGCCGCGUGUGAAGCUGCCGCGCAGAUUCUCUCCAUAGACGAAACUAUCAAAAACGUAAAGAGCGGUGGAGAUAUGCCGGCCCCGCCCGGCCGGGGCAUGGGACGACCCCGUAUGGGUUAAGGGGCAUUGUGGGGCACAAUAAUAUUAUAUAAUAAUAA